AUAAAAAAUAAAUGAAUAAAUGAUUAGGAUAUUGGUUUCUCGGUUGCGGAGUCUGAGAUGGGUCACCGUCGUCUCCCUCAUCGGCAACUCCCUCCUCAUCCUUCUCUCCGCCUCUCUCCUCCUCAUCGCUUACCCCUCUUGCCAUCGUCGCCUCCUCAUUCCCUUCUUCCUCCUCUCCUUCUUCGCCGCUCUCAGAAUCCUUACCACCUUUUUCACUGCCGCAGCCCAAAAAGCCACCGCCAUGACCAUUGUCGAUUCUCCGGCAGAUGCCACGCCUGUCGUUGACACCGUUAUUCGCCAUGAAAGAAGGAUGAGGUAUAAACGAUGGCUUUGGUGGACUCGGUUUGCAAUGGUUGUUAAUAUGCUGCAAUUUAUUGGUGCAACUUACCUCGUGUUCACAAUUGCUAGCUACGCGUCUCAUGAUCACAAAUCAAGUGAUUGCAUUUUAGGGUUAGUAGCAGGCAGUAGCCCGUGGAAGGAGUACUUACUUAUUUUCUUUAUGUUCAUGGCAUGCUUUAUUACAAUACUACAUUGUUUUAUGGGAUCUGACGUUCUAAAGUGGAGAUCAUACUAUGGAACCAAUGAUGAUGCAUGGAAAUCCCAUUACAGGGAGGUAUUUGAUCAUGGUAUUCGUGAGGUUUUGUGCUGCCUAGGACGUGGCAAAUACUUGAGUGCCUUGGAGGAAGAUGAAGUUUUUUCAGUAGCUCGAUUACUUGGGGAUCUUGUUGCUUAUCGUGCAUCAGGCACUGGACAUUUGGAAUUGUUGGCAGGUCUAGCCUUGAUGCAGAAGCAAAGUGAGUCACCGAAUUCCUAUGAUGAGGGCAUGAAAGCACCUGAAGAACAGAUUCAGGAGGCUGCAGCUCUUCAUAAAUUUGCUGAAGCAGCUUAUACGGGCCCUUUACUUGAUUUUGGAAGAAACCCUUUCUUGUUUCCUUGUGUGUGGCUCUAUAGACAAGGGAUUUUGACUCCCUGGAUGCGCAACAGGCGACCCAAACUUGAUGGUGAUAACUGGUGGAGGGGGAAUGCAGCAGCCUUUUUAAAACAUGCUAAAGUACCCCCAGAAGUACUUCGAAAAGGGCGUGUUAACCAGGCAAAGUGCGAGGCAGCGUAUUUUGUAAUUGUUCUGCAUCAUCUAAGAACAUUAUUGAUUGCUGUGCGGGGAACUGAGACCCCUGAAGAUCUGAUAAUUGAUGGUUUAUGUAGAGAAUGCAUUCUUUCUGCAAAGGACUUGGAUGGGAUGAUAAACAGUAGUCAUGUUAACCCUGAAAUUAAGCAGAAAGUUGUCUCAUCUUUCCCACAUUAUGGGCACUCGGGCAUUGUUGAAGCUGCAAGGAAUCUCUAUAUACAAAUUGAAGGAAAUGAUGAAGAUGAUGAAUCCAGUUCAAAUGGCCUUCUUUCUUCUCUACUGGGAGCUGGGUGUGAAUGUGAGGGCUACAAUGUUCGCAUAGUGGGUCAUUCCCUUGGAGGGGCCAUUGCUGCUUUGCUAGGAAUGAGACUAUAUCACAAAUAUCCAAAUUUACAUGUUUAUGCAUAUGGACCCCUUCCUUGUGUGGAUUCAAUUGUAGCAGAUUCUUGCUCACCAUUUGUUACAAGCAUUGUUUUGAACAAUGAAUUCUCUUCGCGCCUUUCAGUUGGGUCAGUCCUACGACUUCGAGCAGCUGCUUUAACUGCACUUUCACAAGAUUCCACAACUGAUACAACCAUGAUUUUUAGGCUAGCACGCCGCUUUCUCUAUGUGAGUAACUACGAAAGAAAUAGUUCUGAAGUAGUGGAACCAACUUCAAAUGGAUACUCUGGGACAAUAAGAUCCGAAAAUCAAAAUGACCACGCAUAUGGAAAUCAGGACAUGUUUGAUUCAAGAGGAUGCGAGAAACGUGAUCGCAACUUUUCCCUCUUCAGUGAGACCGAUAACAAGGAUUUUGUCAUUGAAAGUGAACCAAGUGAAUUCACCGAUCCUUUUGUUAGGGAAAUCAAUGGAGUUGACGAUCCUGUAUCUGAGUUUAUGGAAACUGUACGAACAUCUGAAAAUGCAUCAGCCGGGAAUCCACCAGAGAUGUAUUUGCCAGGACGUAUAAUUCACGUGGUGCCACAAACUAGUAGUUUCCACAUGUCUCUUUGGAAAGGCCCGGGAAUCCAAGAGAGAGAAAAAAGUUACAAAGCUUAUCUUGCCAACAGAGAGAGCUUCAAAGAUAUUGUUGUAUCACCAUCAAUGUUUCUUGAUCAUCUCCCUUGGAGAUGCGAUUAUGCUCUGCAAAAGGUAUUAGAAACUCAAUGCACUGCGAAUCUCAACGAGUCCCAUCAAAUUGUUGAUGUGUAUUAAGGUGAAUUCUGAACUCCUUAAUUAGAAUCUCUUUAUCUGCUUUUGCUCCUAUCUAAAAUAGGGAUCAUCUUCUAAAAUCGAGAACCUUAUAUGAUUGAUAUAAAAUCUCGGGGGAGCUUUCGAGGAUUGUUAGUGUAUCCGAUUUUCUCAUUCGAAGUUGAAAGCUUCAUCAAGUGAAGAACACCGUGCACACUACCUGUAACAAUAGGCACUUUCAGACCAAGUUGCUCCAUUACAAGUCUUUCUUGCUUGUUGGGUAGUGUUCGAAAGUUUCUCUGCUUCAGAAAUGUAUACCAUAGUAACAGAAAUAUCACACUCAAAAUCUUAUGGACAAAUCUCCUUCUUAUAGAGUGGAUUUUUUUUUACUUGCCAAUAAAAAUGUGCAUAAUGAGAAUGUGCAUGUGCUGGUGAUAUUGUAGAUGAUCAAAAUUUGUUCGAGAGCUCAACAAAUUGAUCAUUAUAAUCAAGUGCCCACUCCACUGCCUAGUAUUACUGAUUUGUUCGAUAAGAUUAUCUAUUAUAUUGUAUACCAUAAUAUUUAUUUUUCUUA